UCUUCAUUUGGUUCUUUUAACAUUUCCUAACUUCAAUAUCCUUUUAGUCAUGGCAAACAUUGAUAAGGGUUCAUCCAAGUCACUUUCUAGAAACCAUAACCUGAAAAAUGAUGUCUCCAUUAACAUGAGUAAACAUAGUGUUGAUAGUGAUAUUGGUAGAAUUGGAGGAGAAAUGUCCAAUGAAGGGAGGGAGAUUCAAAAAACAAACAUUGAUAAUCAAAAUAUGAAAGUUUCAUGUCAAAUGGAGGAUCUUACUCGUGGUAGCAGGGGUAAUAGAAACAAAAGACCAUCCAAAAGUGAUUCUGCAAUUCUGGUAACAAAAUUCGGGGUGCAUGCUAUGACAUCGAUGGGUGAAAUCUUCCUCCAUCCAAAAAGGAAAUUAUCUGAAGAAGAAGAUGAAGUGACGAGUAAAAGAGUCGUAUUGCAUAAUGAUAUUUCUGGAGAAGAAGUUAAAGCACAACAGGAAGUGGAUAUUCCAUUAAAAGAUAACAUUUAUGCUGUUGAAGUUGCAGACCAAGCUGGAGUUGGACCUAGUGAUGGAGUAAAAAGUGAUACAAAAGUUAAUGGUAAUGAGGCUGGGGAAGAAAGUGAGUCUUCUUGUGGGAUUGGAAAUGGAAAAGCUAAAUGGAUCAACACAUUUGAUUUGAAUGAGCUUCCCAAUGAUGAAGAUGUUGAAGAAGACAAAGCAUAAAAUUUGCAUUCAUGUAUUAUGAUUGUGAUUUAAAACUAUUAUUAUUUACUUUUUUAAGUUAGACUUAAUUAUGCUCUAUUGUGUGUGGUAUGACUUUGAAUAUUUAUGUGGAUUUCACAGUUGUAAGUUACUUCGAAUAGUUGGUUGUGUUGUUUUCAAUAAUCAAAUCAUGGUAUACACAAUCAAUUUAAUUCAAAAGAAAUACUAAAAGUUGAAUACUAAAAGUUAAAGGUAACUUGUAA